GGAACUGAAACCUGAGAAACUAUGUGGGCAGCUUCACUCUCUCUCCCAUCCUACAGCUAUGGAAAACCCACUAACACUAUCCCAGCUUCUGGGUCAAAUCGUAGGGCACCCAAGUCUUUGAAGCUCAGAGCUUCCUUCUACAACUAUCCUCUCGCAAGCAGAAUCAUGGUCAAAAACAUACCAUAUUCCACCAGUGAAAAUAGUCUGCAGCAGAAGUUUUCAAAUUUCGGAGAGAUAGCUGAAGUUAAACUAGUGCAGGAUGAAAUUUCAAAGAGGUCCAAGGGGUUUGCAUUUAUUCAGUAUACCAGCCAAGAUGAUGCAAUGCUUGCCCUGGAAAAUAUGGACCGCCAGACUCUUGAUGGCAGGGUCAUCUACGUAGAGCUUGCAAAACCAGGUAAAGAUGCUUAUGCAGGGUACCCAAAAACCUCCGGACCCCCAAAGAAGCAGUAUAUGCAGCAGCAAGAGGAAGUCACAGACUGCUGGUACUAAUAGCAAACAAACAAAUAGGAGAUUCAAAAAUUACUGGAUGCAAAGGUAAAUUUGAUUCCCAGCAACUCAAUGUGGCUCAAGCAUUAAUACUAUAGAGACAUCAUUAGAAUGCCGAACAUCAUUCAUCACUCUAUUUGUAUUAGCAUGUAUCGUCGAUAUAACAUUUAUUAAUUGAAGCCUCAAAUGUCUAUGUGGUCAUGGAAAAAAGUUGCCAUUUCUUAUGGAAAAAGAGUAGGAUAAAUCCGUGUUGGUUGCUUGAGAAAAGAUAGUACAGUAGAAUGAUAGU